AUGGCGAUUGUGAUUUGCACGCCUUCCGAGGCCGAAGCCGUGGCCGUGUCAACAGUUCACUUACGGGCCAUGGACGAAAAUCUCCUUACGCACGCGCAGUUCCCCAGCAAGGAGGGACUGGGCUUCUUUCACGCGUGGCUGGAGAAUAACACGCUGGAGCAUUUGAGGGAUGAAGAUAAAGGAGUUUUGGUUGCAAAGGAUGAGGAGACGGGGGAUGUGGUGAGUUUUGUGAAGUGGUUGGUUCAUAGGCCUGGGCAGGAUGAAGCGGUUGAGGAGGAGUGGCCGGCGGUUGCGAGGAAGGAGUAUUUGGAUCCGUAUGCGGCGUUGACGGAGAGGGUUAGAGGGAGGGCUGUUGGGGAGGAGGCGGCGUAUUAUCACCCAACAUACAUCUGCACGGAUCCUCGCUGGGCCGGGCGCGGAGCCGCAUCGCUGCUCAUGCGCAAAGUUCAGGAACUUGCAGCCGCGGCGAAUCUUCCCAUUGUGCUGGAGGCGACGAUGAAUGCCGUGCCGUUUUACCAGAAGAUGGGGUUUGAGAUUAGGGAUGAGCUGUCGAUGAUGCUGCCGCCGCGGGGAUCGAGUGAGCCGACGGAGGUUUAUGAGGAGAGAUGUAUGGUUUGGGUUCCGGCGAAGGGAGAAACGGUUUGA